AAAACCGCAACCCGUGGGGAACGAGGCUGCAAUCCCCAAUCUCCCACUCGCCGGAGCACCCCACCCAACCGCCUCGGUCGUCGGCGAGGAACCUGCUCCGGUAGGCGGAGAUGGGCGGGCACGGCGGGCUGAACAUCCUGCCGCAGAAGCGGUGGAACGUCUACAGGUUCGACAACCAGGAGAAGGUCCGCGUCGACGAGGCCGAGGCCGCCCGCCAGGACCAGCUCCAGCGCGAGGCCACCCGCCGCCGCGAGUCGCACGCCCGCCUCGUCGCGCUCCGCCGCAACCGGGGCCUCCAGUCCGACUCGCCCUCCCCUCCCCGUGCCCCAUCUCCACCCCCCUCCUCCGCCCGGUCCGCGGAUCAGGUCGCCCCGCCGCGGCCUCCACCCCCUGCCGCCCGGCCCGCGAUUCCACCCCCCGUCGCCUCCGACGGAGACCACAUCAACCUCUUCUCCGGCGGCGGUGGGGCCGCUGACUUCGCCGCGCUUGCCUCCGCUAGCGGCGGGAGAGGCGCAGCUCGGGAGAGGGAGCCUGCGGCAGACACUAAGCCAAACCCUAAGAAGCGUAAGAAGGAGGAGGAGGUUAGGACGGCGGGGCCUGACGACGAGAAGUACAAGCUGGGUUAUGGCCUUGCCGGCAAGGGCGUGGCUGCGCCCUGGUACAUGUCGAAGCCUUUUGCUUCCUCCUCUAAGGAGAGGAGAGAUUACCCCGAAGGCAACGGGGAGAAGAGGAGUGGAGGGAAGAAGAGUAUCGAGGAGCUUAGGGAGGAGAGGAGGAAGAGGGAGGCCAAGGAGAAGGAGCGUGAGCGAGCUUUGCUUGCCACUACAGCAAGGAAGGAGAGGCAGCCAGACCGGGGCUACUCGUCGAGGUAUGUGCGUCGAUGAUGCAAGGGUUUGUGUGAUUUUAUCUGCAGGAUCUGCAAUGGAUGAUUAUUUGAGAAAACCGAAGAUGGACGUCUCUAACUUGCAUGCAAAUGUUUUGAAAGAUCAAUGCGGAGACAAAAAGACAUGUAGCUCAAGUGCCAUUGGAUGAACUUUCAAGCAGUUCAAGAAUAUCUCAAUAUAAAGAUUCAUUAGCGAUUAGCUUGUGUAUUUUUUUCCUACUGUAAGACGAACAAGUGUGUUAGUGUAGCGUGCCGAUCCAGCAAUCACGCCCUCUGUUCUUGUAAAUUUUAUCAACUCUUACCUGGUGUAUACAAUUGCUUGGGUUACGGUCUGCACUUUGUAAAGAAAACACUCCAAUGUGUUGCACUACA